UCCCAGCAUGCAUUGCUCCAGCUCCCCCCUCAGGCCUGCAGACCUGCACAGUCUCCCAGCUCCUGCCUCCUCUCUCCGCUCUGCUUCCUGUCAGCCUCCCCGCUUCUCCCUGCUCCCCCCUUCUGCCUCCGGUCUACAAAGCCGGGGCAGCAGAGGAGUGGGAUUCUCCCUGGCCGAGGUUCACCAGGAGCUGCAGGCGUUACAGAGACAGCUGAGAGCCGAUGAGCGGUUCUCCACUCCUCACCCCAAACCUCGUAAUGGUUUCUCGUUCGUCCACCAGCAGCCGGCCAGCUCCUCCGGCUUCCACCCUCCCUCCUUCCCGGGGUUUGAGUCGUCUUUGUUUGGUGGCGCCGCGAGCGGCAGCAGUCUGGACGCUGGUGCCGCCAUGAAAGCAGGGGCCAGCCUGCUGGAGAGCAGUCCAUCGUGGGAGAUGGCCUACGGAAGCCGACCAGCAAGAGUCGGAGCUGACCUGUCGUCUGGGUCAUCAGGGUACCAGUCCGGAACCACCCACCCAGGUUCAGAUCUGAUGAUGGAGCACCUGAGAGAGAUCCGGAGUCUGAGACAGAGACUGGAGGACUCCAUCCAGACCAACGACCUCCUCCGACAGCAGCUGGAGGAGAAACUGGGCCGAAGCGCCGCCGACAAAGGAGGUCCCACCAACAUCUACAUCCAGGGCCUGGACUCAGCCAGCCAGCGCUCCGGGGACAUCAGAUUCCUGAAGGAGGAAAACGCGGGUCUGCAGACGCAGCUGGAGGUCGCCACCAGAGAGGCCAGGAAGGGGGCAGAGCACCUGAGGAAGGUGGAGCUAGAUGCAGCAAGGUGGGCGGAGCUUAGCAGGAAGCUGCAAGUUGAGGCUGAUGCUCACCGACAGGAAGUGACCCAGCUGAAACAGGACAGGCUGAAGAACCAGGAAAGCAUCAACAGACUCCAGCAUGAGGCCAGCGUCCUCCGGCAGCAGCUGCAGGAGAGCUGCAGUCUGGUCCACGAGCUUCAGAACCAGCUGCAGGCGGCUCGCAGUGAUGUCACCACACACACACACUCAGCUGCUUCAUCUCAUCAGGAUCCGGCUCCAGGCAGCUCCCUCUCCCACCAUCAUGGCCGCCACGCUGUCAGCCAUGUUCAGGACCUUCAGGCUCUGCAGCAGCAGCUCCUAGAGGGAAGCUCCCUCGUCCUGAAGGUGGAGGCUAGCCUCUGGUCCCUAAACGCCUCACAGAAGCCUGGUCAGCCUUCAGACUCAGGCUGUGUCACAGAUCUGCUGCUGGACACCAGAACCCUGAAGCGGGUCCUGCAGGAGGCGGAGUCUCUGCUCAGGAGCUCAUGGAGAGCAGCUGGACCCCCCUCUGAGCAACCCAGACAGGACCCGAUCCUAAAGGAGGAGCUGGCUUCGCUCCAUCUGAAGCUCUCAGAACAAGAGCAGGCUCUAAGGGACACCAUGGAGAGACUAAAGAGCUCCAACCUGACCAGAGACAGCAUGGAGAAGUUCAUCAUCAGCCAGUUGUCGAGAACUCGGGACGUGUUGAAGAAAGCAAAGACCAACCUGCAGGAGAACAAACUCAGGAUCUCCUCCCUCUCUUUUCCUCUGUGCUACCCCCACCCCCACCCUCUGAAAGGUGAAAACUCAAGAGACUUCCUGCAACCCGCCUCGUCUUCUGGUCGGAGUGUCCUGAGGUCCUCCUCCUCAGCGCUCCUCCAGCGCCCCCUGCAAGUGGGCUGACUGUAGCUCAAGACAUGGCGAUCCCUGACCUGUGUUCUCUCUGUUGGAGCCAGGGACCUGAGCCUGGGCAGGCUUUAGUUGUUGAUGUGAGACAAAGUCGAUGUUUGCUCCAGAUUAAAUCCAGAUUACCAGCUGGACUCAAGAACGCCGGUUCCAUUUUACAGCCAGUUUUAUCUGCUGCUGUGCUUCUCCUCCAACCAAUCAGAGCUGGGGUCUCUCUCUCUCAUAUAUAUGUAUAUGUAUAUAUAUAUGUAUAUAUAUAUAUGUAUAUAUACAUAUAUAUAUAUAUAUAUGUAUAUAUACAUAUAUAUAUAUAUAUAUAUGUAUAUAUAUAUAUAUAUUUGUGUGUGUGUGUGUGUGAGCUUUAGCUCUAAAACAGAGAGAGAGAGAGAGAGUGUGUUCAUGAAUGAGAGGCGUUGCUUCCUGCAUGAACAUGAAGGUGGGAUUUGUCAGCCUGUUGAUUUGCCGCCAGAUUAAAAAAUCUCCAGAUUUCUGCUUUAGUCCGCAAAAGGACUAAAUUCCAGGUUUUGUUGGGGGAGGGGUGUCUAGGAGAACUUUGAUCCAUGUUUACACAGAAAGACAAUCAUAACACCAUUGGGCCCUUAGAUAGGAGAUCUAUCUGCUUUUAUUUUGGUAGGACUCUUUUAUUUAUUGAGGUUAGCUUGAAAACCACCACGUUCAGAAUUGGAGUGCAAUAGGGAGCCUAAGCCACGCCCACCUACUUCCGGCCCACGGGUCCCCAAAAGAAUGAUAAAAGGAACGCAAGUCAUCGGGGCUAAAAACAAUAUUUUCUUAUUCCGCUUGUUUUGUACCAAGGAUUUCAUAUAUGAUGUACGUGAAUUUUAAACGCAUUUGGAUAUCAAGAACGCGCUUAUUUUCUAACAGGGGAACGAUAGUUUAGGUGUUGUGUGAAAAUGAGUCCAGGACUACAAACGUGCUUCACCAAAGUGACGUCAUCGAACCAGAUGCGGAGGAAACGGGGAGAAGGGCUGUAAGUUCAGCAAACUUCCCACAGGAGGAAAGAACCACCAUUAACCUGGUCAUGUGGUGAGUAGCAGCUACGCUAGGGGGGAGGAGCUUAUGUGGUGACGUCACAUAUGCAACGUGCUGAUUUCUGCUGUGUAGUCAUGCUAAUUACGAACUUUUACAAGCUGGUAAAUCUCAACGUGCGUGGCUGGCGUGGUCGAAACACCCAUCAUUACGUUUCAUGUAAACAUAAGUACUACACGUGUGAUCCAGGACGUACGGCAGAGCGGGAUGGAAAAUAGUGUUUUUAGCCCCGUUCAGGGACCCGGAGAGGGAGGAGACGGCGGCUCCCUGCAGAGAGGUUUCACUUCUGUUUUUGUGCAAUAUUCUGUCAUUUUGAACACGUCGAUGCUGUAAAACUCAAACUGCUGCUGACUUUUGCAGAGCUGUCGCAUGAAUACGUGAACAAUCAUUUAAGAUUAGAGGAGAAACGUCUGAAAACAUUUUAAUCUGGCUCCAUUCAGUCGGUUCUGGUAUUUAUCUUUGUUCAGGUUCGGCCCAACCCAAUGUCAGUAAAGUCUCUGAGUAACUUCGUCGUGUUUCUGACUCCUUCUCUGGAGCUGAAGCGACCCUACAGGCCAGCAGCUCCAGCCUCUCCGGUCUGCUGGCCUGAACUCUGACCGAGCGCUGCUGCCUGUUGGACCACCUGUGGCCCCAGAGCCACUGCUUGCAGAGCCUUCCUCCACUCGGCUGGUUGGAAGCAGCCAGACCUUCUGCUGAUCAGACUCCCAGCAAGAAUAAAACUCCUAACCAGCCUCUUCAGGGGAGAGUAAAGAAAAUAAAACUUUAUUUCUAACCCUUCAGGAUGACGUUGGGAAGUUUUCCUCUCACGAGCUGCUGGAUGAGACGCAUCAGCUGUUACAAACUUUAGUUUUCUGUUGUGGGUUCGUAGUUUUUACUGGCAUGUGCACCGUUUGGGUUUCUGUGCUGCGAAAGGCUGCUUUGGUUGUUUUUAUUUGAACCUGUCUUUAACCUGAUGCAUGUUUUCUUUUAUUAAACGUUAAAAAAUAAAAAACACAUAAAACUUUGUAGUUUUUA